UCGUCUUAAAUCGUGUACGCCCGGGACUCGCCCCCCAUGUAACGGCAAUGCCGUUGCCUCCUCUUCCUCCCUAUCUCCUCCUCGUCGCCGAGCUCGGAUAUCCUCAGCCCGCCGCCGUCGCCUCCGUCGCUUUCUGACGAUCCUUCUCUCGAGUCCGGCCUUCUCAUUGAAAACUUGAGAACGCUCCGAAUCUGAGCAAUCCGAGGGAUUGGGUUUCGGAGGAUUUAGCUUGGAUUUUUCAGCCAUGGUGAUGUCUCUCGACAACAUUCGGGGCUUGGUCUUGGCCCUCUCCUCGAGUGCUUUUAUUGGAUCGAGCUUUAUUUUUAAGAAGAAAGGGUUGAAGAAGGCCGGGGCUACUGGAGUCAGAGCAGGAUCUGGAGGGUACUCAUACUUGUAUGAACCUCUAUGGUGGUUUGGAAUGAUCACUAUGAUUGGUGGUGAGAUAGCUAAUUUUGCUGCCUAUGCAUUUGCUCCAGCAAUACUUGUAACUCCUUUGGGAGCUCUGAGCAUUAUUGUCAGUGCAGUGCUAGCGCAUUUUGUUUUGGAUGAGAAAUUGCACAUUUUUGGUAUCCUUGGCUGCAUUCUUUGUGUUAUGGGUUCGACGACUAUUGUUUUGCAUGCCCCAAAAGAGAAAGAUAUUGCAUCAGUGAAGCAAGUGUGGAGCCUUGCUACUGAACCAGGUUUCAUUGCCUACACCUGCGUGGUUGUUUUCUUGGUUAUUUUCCUAAUCAUCCAGUUAGCUCCACGUUAUGGCGACACACAUAUGGUAGUAUAUAUUGGAAUUUGCUCACUGAUGGGUUCUCUUACGGUGAUGAGUGUGAAAGCAUUGGGCAUUGGCAUAAAGCUAACAUUUGAAGGAAAAAAUCAAUUUAUCUAUGCUCAAACUUGGCUUUUUGCUGCAGUUGUAGUUAUAUGUUGUCUCUUGCAGUUGAACUACCUAAACAAGGCAUUGGACAUAUUUAAUACUGCUGUGGUUUCUCCUGUCUACUAUGUGAUGUUCACUACUUUAACUAUCUUUGCCAGCAUGAUCAUGUUCAAGGACUGGGACUCACAGAAUGGAACACAGAUUGCAUCGGAGCUGUGUGGUUUUGUUACUAUUCUGUCAGGUACUUUCCUCCUUCAUAAGACGAAGGAUAUGGGCAGCUCUGUCACCACGGAGCCAACUAGGUUGGCUGAAUCUGAACUUCAAAACCAAUGCACUUUGAGGCCAGACUUUCUUCAAGGAUCUUGACAUGCUUUUGUUGUUUUCAAGAACCAUGAGGCAAAACUCAGAUUCCUUGAGGAGAGCUUUUACUGAUCACAUGCUUUGCUAUAAUGGAUAAACAAUUCUGUUCUACUGAAAAGAAGAAAAAAUGAUGUACAUAUGACCUUCUUCUUUCUUUCUUUCUUUUUGCUGUAAGGAUGAAUGCUUACUUCCCAUUUGCAUCAUAGAAGAGCGGCUUCAUUAGUCCAUCCACAUCGUUAAUUAUCAUGAAUCAAUUCAAGUACUACAUUUUCUUUCCAA